AUGGCAUCAAAAUGUCGAAUGUUCAAAGUUAAUAUAUCUAAUAUAAUUAAUGUCGAAUUGAUAGCUAAGUCAGAAUGCAAUUGUGAACGAAUGGCAGAAUUGAUGGCAUCAGUUGAAGGAAAAAGUAAAUUAAAUGAUACUUCUGUGGUUCUUUUCUCUUUAGGAACAAACGAUAUAGCACAGCUUGGUGUUGAUCUUACUUUAAAACGUUGUCAAUGGCUUAUUGAGUAUACCCGUCGAAAUUUUUCUGGCAUCCAAACAAUUGGAUGGAUGAAAUUAUCGCCACGCUGGAAGCCCUCACGAUUUUUUUCAGGACAUGAAUUUGCAAAUCUUCAUCAUGAAUUUAAUGAUCGAUUAUAUGUAUUAUCAAAAGAAAUAAAUAUUGAUGUGAUUGAUGCAAAAUUACAAACAGAAGACAUAAGAGUACAAGAUGGUCUGCACCCCACAUUAUCAUCUGGUCGACAAAAAUUUGAAAAUGUACAACAGCAAUGGUUUGCUCAGCAAGCAAUGCAUGUAUCCAAAACAACUGUACAACAACUACAACAACAACAACAUAAUAGAAGAACAAUAAUAACAACAACAAUAAUUUAA